AUGGCUGCUGCUGCACUCGUCACAGAAAACUUCAAGUUUGUGUCCCUCUUCUUCAAGAGUAAAGAUGUUAUGAUCUUCAAUGGUCUGAUUGCUCUGGGCACUGUGGCCGGCCAGACUGCAUACAACGUUUUUGCCUUUCACUGUCCAUGUUCCUCUGGUAGGAACUAUUUCUACGGCCUGGCUGCCAUUGGUGUUCCAGCACUGGCAUUUUUCCUUGUAGGGAUAAUGAUGAACAAGAGCACCUGGGACCUGGUGUCCGAGUGUCGGCUUAGAAGGUGCCGGAAGUUGUCUACAGCUGCCGGCUUUGCGCUGGUGGGAACCAUCAUUGGUCGAGCUGUGGUGGCUCCUCUAACGUGGGUGGUUAUCUCUUUUCUGCAGGGUCAAGCAUACACUUGUGCUCUCAGUGAGUUUGUUAAUGCCAGUUCCCUGCAGGGUUUCCCCUCAGGUCAGGGGUCAGAGGUCAUGGCAAAACUCCCAUGUGACGGAAGUGUUCCACCAGAGCUGCAACGCUUCUGGCCUGAAAUUGAGCGACGGUUGAAAUAUGAAUCUCAGAUUAUAGGCUGGCUGCUGGUGGCAGGGCUGUCUCUGACUGUGUUCCUAAUGCUCUGUAUGAAAGGCUGCUCCUCUCCACUUGGCUACCGGCAGGAGGACUACUGGUCCCAGUACCGCUCUAAUGAGAAGUCGCUGUUUGAACGCACUGCUUCAGUCCACGCCCGCCUCCUGGCUGCAGAGAACGUUAAGAGCUUCUUUGGUUUUGUGGCACUGGAGAAGGAAGACAAGGAGCAGCUGGUGGACUACCAGACUGCUAGUCCAAUCUGCAGCACCAACUGGAACAGAGUUACAGGGGUCUACCUCUACAGGGAGAAGAAUGGGCUUCCUCUGUACAGCAGGCUCAACAAAUGGGCCACAUACACCCUGGAGAAUAACAUGGAGGACAUGGAAAAAGAGAUGGACGUACUCACUUAUUAAACUUUGUUUAAUAAUGUUGAUUGGAUUGUAAAACUGAUAAUGAUGAGCACAUUGUCUUUGGAAGUUACUGAACAAUGCCCUAUAAAAACUCAUCUGCGUGAGGCUUUCUCUUUCAGAGCCAGAAGGCAGAAAUCUAGAAAAGGCAAGAAAAAGCAAAAAACCUGUCAAAAUAUGAAAUUAUACCGCGAAACCUCUAUCGCUCCUUCCCUGUUCUAAGACCUUCCCACAACAUGAACAUGACAGCCAAGGUAAGCGUUGACAUUAAUUUGCGCCCCCCCUUGAUCCAUCCUGCUCUCUUGUGGACUUUGCUGCAGUUUAUACUCUGCCAUGUGAUUAGUGAUUGACUAAAACAUCCUGUUAUGGGCUAGAUUUUCUAAAACAUGAAAAUGAAGCCAAGAUUAAGGACCUGAUUAGCAAUAUACUGAAAGAUUAGUAUGAUGUUUAUGGUCUACAAUACCAAAAUAAUUUUGCCUACCCCCACCUUAAUCAUCAUUAUCAACUGUUUAGCACUGAGGGGAAGUCAGACAACAGAGAACUUUGGUCCAGCUGGGGCAUGGAGGAUGUGGGUGAAGAAAAAGAAUCACUCUCUCAACCACGGGAACAAACUGGAGGUAAUCUUUGCUGCCCGGGCAACAAGCAAUAUUGAAUACAAGAACCAGCAAACGAGAUGCUAGUCUGAUCUGACAGUGUGGAUUCACAAACAACAGGAAAAAUACGACCCAGUGCUUGGGGAGCUGCGGGGAUUUCAGAGCCGUUAUGGACUAAUUCAGCUAUUGAGACUCCUUGUGAAAUAUAAAGAGUGAACCAGCACCUUCAGCACUCUGACGGAAGCACAAGACUUCAUUAAUAAGGCAACGGCAGGAGAUAACUAAAGAUGAAUAGCAGGAGAUGACUAGUAAACUACAGCAGGUAUGGGUAAAAAGAGGGACUUUAAUAUGAAACAUAAAGGUGAAAGGGUAAGUGUAUUUAAUAGACAGUUACAUGUAAAAUAGCCAAGAAGAAAAUACCAACUAUGGAUACUGACUGUUAUAAAACCUGGAACAACUUGAACCCAGAAUUCUUUCCUUUAGAUUUAAGAAUUGUUAAACUAAUCAUAUUAUCAUGUCUUUGACAUUGAAGUGUUUCUUUUUGAAAUAUGAAACACAACAGUGCAUUUUUUGUUGUGUUUAUUUUAUAGGAUGGUUGAUAGACGGAUCCUCACAGAGUGUGUAGAGCAGUCAAUCGUAACUGGAAGUACAAUUUGUAUGGGGGUAAUCUUAUUUAAGUGGGGAAAAAAUGGGAUUGUUUUCACACAAGUUCAGUUUGGUGGAUGUGAGUUGUUGCAUCCAGUUUUGUUAGGCUCCCUCCUGUUAUGCUGCAGGUCAAACUGACCCAUUUUAAAGUAAAAAAUUCUAAAAAAAAGAAAUGCAACCAUCGCACAGUGUUUAUUAUGACAUGUCACUAGUGUGCUGUGGAGACUCACAGAUACACACAUACUUACGCACAAAUUGCUCAUGUCUUAUUUUGUUGUUUUGUUGUUUUGUUCAUUUCUG